UUAAAUCUGUCGCGAAGUCUUAUAACAAUAGUUAUGUUAGAUGCCGCAAUAGUUGGGCCAAUUAAAAAUGUAUUAAGCUGAAGUUCAGGACCAUUUAAUUUCGCACAAUGAUUGACGCGGUUUCCGCCGAGCGGGGAAGCCCCAAGUUUAUUGCCCUCCUCAACGACAAUCUGAAACUGGGCCAGGAGGACGACAACCCACACCCGGUCAAUGGAAAGGACACCCACAACGUACCCGCCGACCUUCAGGCCGCCUAUGGAACACUGUUCGCCACCUGUCAGGAUCACGCCAUUUUCUUCGCCAGGGACCACACUGAGUUCGGCCAGCGUCUCCAUGCAGCACACGUUGCCUGGCAGGACUUCAUCGUCCUUGCAAACAGGCUGGUCCUGCAAAUUGAGACCUUCGCCCACGAGUACGACUUCGAUGAGCAAACGCCGGGCAAUGGAUAUCGCAGCUUUAUAUACGUGACCAACGCCUGCAUUACUCAUGGCAUCGGCAUUUGCCAGCAGCUAAUGGCCACCCGUUCCACCAUGUUCUUCCGUAAGAAGUUUUACAUGAAAGAGGUGGAGGCCUGCUCCCAGCUGUUAUCCUCGCUGUGCACCUGCCUGCAGUACCUGCUCAUCCUGCGCCAGUGGUCGGCUAGCACUGGCGAUUUGUUUGCCUGCGGAAACCAUACCGCAGAGCAGCUCUUCGAACUCGGCGACACCAUUAACCAGUAUUGCUUUUACGGGCGCUGUCUGGGCUUUCAGUACGGCGACUCGAUACGCGGCGUACUUCGCUUCCUGGGCAUCAGCAUGGCCAGCUAUUCGGAAUCUUACUAUUCCCAGGAAGGCGACGGUACCAUUCUAAAAACCACUCGCAGUUUGUGGACCAGCGGAAAGUACUUAAUGAAUCCGGAACUCCGGGCCCGCCGAAUCGUCAACAUCUCGCAGAAUGCUAAGAUCGACUUUUGCAAGUCUUUUUGGUUUCUUGCCGAAUCCGAAAUGAUGCACAAGCUGCCCAGCAUUGUAGGCAGCUCUAUAAAGGUGAAUCGACUGAUCGAACUGCCAGCUGAACCGCUAAAGUUGCCCCGCCGAAAGGACUUCAAGGCAUCGGAGAACCCCCGCAGCGAUGUCAAUCAGAACCAAGGCGACGACGACUUUGUGGAGAUUCCUGUGCCUACGGCUCAUCUGGGACCUGGUCUACCGGUUUCUGUACGCCUGCUGAGCGCCAAAAGACGAUCCGGAAUGCUAGGUGAGGGACGAUAUCGCGGCUGGCACAAGCCCACACCGCCGAGUCCUUCUAUUCUGUUUCACUGCCACGGCGGUGGCUUUGUAGCCCAGUCAUCCAAGUCCCACGAACUGUAUUUGCGGGACUGGGCCGUGGCCCUGGACUGCCCCAUUCUAUCCGUGGAUUACAGUCUGGCCCCAGAGGCUCCAUUUCCACGCGCCUUGCAGGAGGUUUACUACGCUUACUGUUGGCUUUUAAAUAAUACCGAACUCCUAGGUACGACGGCUGAGCGAAUUGUGUGCGCUGGAGACUCGGCAGGGGCGAAUCUGUCAAUUGGUGUGGCCCUAAAAUGCAUCGAGCAGGGAGUUCGAAUUCCAGACGGUCUGUUUCUGGCCUAUUGCCCGACUCUCGUAAGCUUUGUGCCCAGUCCUGCCCGUCUUCUCUGCCUAAUGGAUCCCCUACUGCCUUUCGGCUUUAUGAUGCGUUGCCUUCGUGCCUAUGCAGCACCUGCUCAGGAGACGCUUCAAGAAAAUGCUAAACAUGUGGAGGAUGCCGCCCAAAUACGCAAUGUCCCUAAGUCAAACAUGGGAAGCUACAACUCCAGUCGCCGAACAUCAAUUGCCAGAAGUCCGCUCACGCCGCUGGAAGCCAAUACAGAACACGAUGACGAGAGCAGCGACACCUUUGCCAGUGCCUCGGCCUCUUAUCAUAGCCAGACCGUGGAGCGAACAGAUCUCCCUAACAGCGAGGGCGACAACAGCUCGUGUGUCUCGUUCGAGGACGAUUCACAGCCUAUUGUUCACUACCCGAUUGAAAUAUCAGCCGAUCCACCGAAGGACGCCGCUUCUGCAGCCUAUAUUGACAACUUUCUGGACAAGUAUCUGAUUGACACCGCUACAAUGGAGGUAACCGAAGAGACGGCUGCUGAGGCGGACCAAAUGCAGGCGAAUGGACAUGCUAAAGUGAGUUCGGAUGAAGAUAUUCUGGUGGAAACAGGUCGAGAUCUCGUCGCGAUGGAUACGCUGCAGGGUCGACUACAGGAAGCCGUUAAUAAUAUAACCACCACCCUAACCCGUUGCACACAAUCCUAUGAGAUCCAUGGAAGCAAUGUAAUGGAAACACAAGACGUCCGCAACAUGGACGCACUGAUAGCACGGAGUCCCAGCGAGGAGUUUGCAUUCGAUGUGCCUAAGGAUCCAUUUUUGUCGCCGUACUGGGCCAGUGAUGAAUGGCUUUCCCAGCUCCCGGAGACAAAAAUACUUACCCUGAAUAUGGAUCCCUGUCUAGAUGACUGCGUAAUGUUUGCCAAGAAACUCAAGCGCCUUGGUCGACAAGUAAACUUGGAAAUACUAGAAGGCCUUCCCCACGGAUUCCUCAAUUUCACAAUGUUAUCCAACGAAGCUAUGGAAGGGUCCAAAAAGUGCAUAAGAUCUCUACAGACGUUGCUUCAAGUAAAUCCGAAGCUCAAAACCAAUGACAAAGGCAGCUCGCUGGACGAUGAGGAGUCCUCCAGUCCCAGUGCAAGUUUGGCAGCUUCAUAGGAUGAAUUUCAAUCGGUCUAUAUACCUAUAGGACUGGAGAACCAACCAACCGACGAGGAACAAUAAUCACCGAUGGUAAAUUGUGAGUGACAAUGGGGUUUUAGCAUCACUGUAAUAUAUUGUCACAUGCAUUUAUCCCCUUUGGACUUCUCCUUUCACAUAGGCGUAUAAACCGAAUUUUGUUAUGCGCAGGAACAAACUGAAUUGUUCAUUGUUAUACGCACUCUUCUUGCUUAUUUAUUAUGUGUAAUCUCAAACGUUUUUUAUACACUUUUAUAUGACACAGCUUUCUAUGUUUUAUAUACUCACAAAAUAUGUAUAGGAUAUAUAGCUUUUAGCAUAAGCAAGCCAAGUAUGCAAGUAUUGGAAGCGUGUAAGCACGCACUAUUUAUUAUAUAUAUUUACGAUUAAUGCUCUUGAUUCCAGGCACACACUCGCUAAGAGCUGUUUAAUGCAAAACUCCCGAAUAUGUGCCUGAUACGAAACGAGUACUUAUUAUAUACAUGUGUAUAGAAUAUUCGCUCAUUACCCUUAUUUUCUAACUCCCCAAUAGUCUAUCCAGAUUUUUUGGUGCUAUCGAGGCUAACAAAGUUAAACUUAUACUAUGUGGAAGAUAUGCCUAGUUUUCUUUGCCUAUCCCACGUGAAACCGUCUGAAUGUAUAUCUUUGGUACACCAGGUGUUUGAUAUACUAUUACUCUUAAUAUAUGUUUGCAAUCUCUCUCCUUCAACUAUACCCAGUGUUAUACAUAAAAUGCGAAUAAAUGGUUAUUACCCUUAAAAUGAA